AUGAGCAUCCCACUACCAAUUCGGACGUCAGAUGGAACGGGCAACUUGUCUUCCAGCCCGCCAAAAUCCAACGGACUUCCUCGCCUCUCGCCCUCCCCUUCCUUCGUCCAGAAACAUUCUCCCAGGAGCUCUGAUACUUCAGGUCUCCGCCGCUCUGCGAGCCAUCAUAAUGCUCGGCAAACUUUCAAGCAACGGCGCUGCAAAUCGCAGUACCCCCGUGACUCUCCCGAGCGCCAUGUUGAGUUCAUCCUUGUCGCCUCGUUCCAUAUCGAUCGCGGCCCGAUCAUGGAGCAUCAAUACCCGGGUCCCAUUAGUAGUGAUGAAGGUAUGUUGGCGGAACUGAUGCUGCCGGACCAGACGCACGUCCGCAGCCAGGAUUGGACUAUCUUCUUUCUGCCUUUGGACACUGGUGGGGAGGGGGAGGAGGACGACUUGGCGGGGGAGAAUAAUAAGCGGAAGGGAAAGAGAAAUAGAGUGCGGUCCUCCUCGGGCGAUGAAGGGACCAGUGCGGACACAAACAAUGAAUCCGAGGUCACGGAGGAAGAGGAGAGCAGCGAUGAGGAAGAUGGCGGGGAAGGACCGCCAUUGAUGUAUGUGCUCAAUUUGGUGAACACGAAACAAGAUAACACUGUUAAGCGCGGUGCUGUAGUAAAGGCCAUGGCCAUAUGUACACGACAUUCAUUUCUUCAUAUCUAUAAAGGGCAGCCUAUUUUGCUUUUAGCCCUGGAGGACUAUUUCAAGAACCCGUACCCAGAAACUCUUGAAACCCUCUACAAUGCCGUGAACGCCAUGGAUCUGUCUCCGAUGCCGAAACUGAACCUGCUUGAGCGCCAGAUACUGCAAGCUACGAACAGCAAAGACAUGUUCAUCGAGAAGUUCGAGCAGAUGGUCCAGCAGCGCGCGAUUGAGGACGGCGAGAACGACAUCGAUGAGGAUAAUCCACCCUCCCCGAGAAGGGGCACUGCUCCCCGUUACACCCUACCCCGAGAUACCCACGAGUUUGAGUCUAAGAUUAUCUAUAACGACAUUCCCAUCCCUGUAAAGGUACCCACGGUGAUCUGGCCUGAGAUCGUGGGCGACUUUUCGCUCGUCAAGCUCAUCCAGAUUUUCUCUGCACCACAUGCUGCAUCGCCUCAACCGUUUCCUCUUCAUCCUCACUUGACCACCAGUGGGCCACUUACCCACCCAAUUAUCGUCCUCGUCAAUGCCAUGCUGACCCAGAAACGGGUCGUCUUCCUCGGCCACAACCGACCGUCCGGAGAGGUUGCAGAAGCAGUGCUAGCUGCCUGUGCACUAGCAUCUGGUGGAAUCCUGCGUGGGUUCACCCGUCAUGCCUUUCCCUACACGGAUUUAACCAAGAUCGACGAUCUACUGCGCGUGCCAGGAUUUAUCGCGGGAGUCACAAAUCCUACAUUUGCUAAUCACCCCGAGUGGUGGGAUGUGCUCUGCGAUCUGCCUACGGGUCGAAUCAAGAUCAGUAACCACAUAGAACCGGCUCCGGUGACUGACGGCCAACUAUACUUCCAGCAGCAGAGCCCAGUUAGCGCGUCCGGCCCGAAUGCCGAUCCCACAGGGGACAACCUGUUCAUGGAGGACGUGCUACGCAGCAUUGCAAACAGAUACGGUGAAAAUGCAAUUAGAGCCAAAUGGCGCGCCUACAUCACGAAAUUCACAAGAGUCGCAGCUGCAUUCGAGGAGACAGUUUACGGAGCGUCAAAUAUCUAUAUUAUCGGACCCAAUGAAGAACUCUCUCCCGACAGCCCUAGCGGCCUCCAAUCUGAUCCUGGCGACCCAACAACAAUCCGCGGCCAUGGUUACGUCUGGCCCGACGAAGCCUCCAAGCAGCGCGAACUAAUGGCGUCGGUCUCCCGUAUAGAAGGCUGGCGCACCACCCGAUCAUACUACUCUUUCAUCCAAGACAUCGCAGCUAUGUACUGGCCCUCCCGACCAAUCCAGAAACCCGACCUUCACCACCACCACGACCGCCUCCGGACCCUGAAACUGUCUGCCUACGAGGCUGGCGCUAUAUACCUCGCUUUUGCGCAUGCAAUUAAAGAUUACGCCGGAAUCUGCCAACUCUUAACUGUUACACCGGAGAGCCAAGCAGGCCUGUUCUAUCUCUCCAUGGGCCUCCUUCACCCGGACCGGAACGUCCGCGAGGCAACGGCGGAUCUUCUCGAGCGCAUCGCCCUCCACCCCGCAGGCCGCCACUUCUGGGCGCAGCUCAAUCGCUUCGCGAAAACGGCGUACUUCCGUAUCAAGCGUGAAAAAGAAGCGGCCGGGAACUCGUCCCCUAUUGUCAAGUCUCCAAGCGACAGUUUCGGUCCGCAGCAGAGUUUGGUUGGGGUUGCGAUCAGUGGUGUGCAUUCUCAAGGGAGUUGA